AUGGUGUACAAGUCGUUGACUGAGGUUCCUCACAACCUCAAGGAGGGCAUUGACUGGUUGGUAGCUCUGAGGGGAGACGAUUGCAGAUCUCACAUGGAGUCGAUCGCUGCCGCACUUUACGAUUUACUCGCAGACAAACCUAUUGGCUUGACAAAGGUACCAGCUCUGGAAGAGGUAAAAGUCAUUACUAAAGAGUUUAUGGAGCGUAAACAUAUUAACAACCAGGAAUUUGUGCAGACCUUACUCAGGAGGUUCAAUGGGCCUAUGGAUAAAACUAACAUUCACUUUAAACGUUUCAUGCACAAAAACGACGGCGAUUAUGAUAACAUCAUAAAGCUGAAGCGUUUAAGUCCUGAAUCCAUGGCGAGAUUCUUAGGCCUCGUUGUGUAUGGCUGCGACAAGUUUUUGAAGCAUAUGAAAAUCCCUGACGAAUAUAAGUCGGCUUACAGUUCUGAAGCUACGUGGGAGGCAUCAUGCGCUGAAGACCCAGAGGCUUGUGCAGUGGUCCUGGUGGGUAUUGCACCAAUGCUAUACACAGGUCUACGUUCUUUGAAAGAUGCAAGCGAUGAGGCAAAUAAGGACCCGUCGAAUGGUGAGACGAGAACGCGUUUGAGAAAGGUGUUGAGAGCCGUCGGUUACAGGAGAUCAAAACGGCGCGCUAAUAUUAGCGUUUCAUUUAUGUCUAAGGCGUUGAGCGAUGUGGACAAAGAUGUAUUGGACAUCCUUUACGACUUCGCUGGCUUCUGGGCAUUCUAUUGA